CACACACACACACACACACACGCUCACACAGUGUGUGCUCCACAACUGGCAGAGAGAGAGAAAAAAAAAGAAAAACCUCAGACAUGGAUGACCCACUCACAAAAUGGCUCCACUUACACAGUAACAUCAACAACACGGCUGGAACGGACGUAGUGGACUCGAGCUAGUGGUGACGGUAUAAAAAUGAUGGAAAAACGGCAGCCGGAGCUUUGUCCUGGAAGUCCUGAUGCAGAGUCCGGUCCUGGAAAGCGAGAGGACUCCUCCAUCAUCUCCAGACAGAACGGAUGCGAGGAGGACGAGGAGCCGAGGAGAGAGGAGGGGGAGAAGGAGAGGGGAGGGCGCUUCAAGGGGGUUGAGGAGACGGAUGACGUUCCUCUGCAGAACUCGAGCAACGGGACCAGCAUCAGCAUCAUCAUCAACGGCGUUGCCAAGGAAACUGCCUCUCACAACGCCCUUGACCUGAAAAGGGAAGUGCCGGUGAUCGAGCUCUCCAGGAGGGACGCUAUAAAAGCGGUGGAGCAGAGGACUGAAAGCCAUUUGGUGCCGAUCACGGAACUUCGCAGACCUCCACCGCUGCCGCUGCCGCCGCCGCAACGAGACGACGCUCGAAUGGUCCAGCUGAGCCCAAACGCGUUCCCUGUCCCGGCCCGGGCGAUGCUCUACAACCUGGCGCAGCCUCUCGCCGCCAUCAACAGUCUCGGAGGGGAGUCGGAGCAGUACAGCAUGUACCCCAGCAACAGGGUAAAGCGCCGCCCGGCGCCUUAUGAGGUUGAACUCGACGAGGGUAGGCGCAUUUUAGAUCUUUAUAAGUAUGCUGGCCAACCAAAGAUUGUACGUCGUAUCUUCACUAACAGUCGUGAACGUUGGCGACAGCAGAACGUAAACGGGGCAUUUGCGGAGCUUCGCAAACUCAUCCCCACUCACCCCCCAGACAAGAAGCUGAGCAAGAAUGAGAUCCUGCGGCUUGCUAUGAAGUACAUCAGCUUCCUCUCCAACCUCCUGGAGGACCAGGAUGGAGGGAGGAAUGUUGGCAGCACAACUGAUGGGGAAACAGGGCUGCUGGUUGGGGCCCACGAGGGCGGCCCACAGGGUGGAGCACAUCAGGACACAGUGGUGGGCUUGGCCAGGGACGAUCUUCUGGAGACAAUGUCACCAGGCUCCAGCUGCGGAAGCCUGCCUGAUGGCGAUGCAGAGGGCAGCCCCGAGAGCUUUAUGGAAGACCAGGACUCACCUCCAGCUCCAAGGACUCUAACGGCUUCACGCGGGCCCCCGCUGCACCUAGCUGCUAGGGAUCUGAGGCGCAAUGGACGCCCUUUAGAUGGCUCCAGUCGGCGAUGAUGCUGACGUCAAAAGACACAACACCUGAGAGUGACAGAGAGGAAUGAGAGGGACUAAUCAAAAGAUGGAUUUGCUCAGGACCCGUUAGCUUUGUCAGUGUAGGAAGGAGAAUCAAGCUCUGCGUAGUGAGAUAGGGGUGUCCCAACUGGAUCAUGAGUGCAUUCCUGUCUCCACACUACACCCGAGGCAGCACCGGCUUGAUUGGUGAUGGGUUAGAUCUGAUCCGACAAAAGACUUGUAAAUUCUGCAUGUCUCAUGUCCUUGACUGACCUGCGGAUUAUAAUUUUCCGUGUUUUCAAAGUCCAAAGACGGGAUAUUCUAAAAAAUAAAACACCCCCCCUCCGGAAAAAAUAAAAAAACAAAUAAAGAACAAGCAAACAAAACAAGAUGAAACCAAACAAAACUCAAUCAAGAGACACUUAGCAAACAUUUUUGAUAUGUAAUAUUGAAGUUUUGACCAGCGCCUCACUGAUAGAUGCCAGGUUAGAUCCAACAUGCUUGCAGAAUGUUGAAGUGAAUGGUCCUAAAACCUCAAUGAAUAGACCCCAGAGAUUUCUGCCCAGAAAAUUUGAUGUGUUAGAAUAAUGACACAAAAGUAAGUUUGCCUCAGUUGGAGGCCGUAAAUGAACCGCCUGGACUCUAUCGUACCCAUGCAGUUGCGUAUGUAUUGUAAAUAGCAUUGUAUUUCCACUGCACAAUAUAACAACAGUGACUCGAGUUCAAGUCAUGUGGUUGAAGAUGUACUGUACUGUGUUCGUCAAUGGGUUUACUAGGAAAAAGGUCUUUUAGGAGACGAGGAAACGAGGGGAGAGGAGAGAAGAUCCGAGAUGAACUCAAAGGGUAAAGCAAGUAGUACAUCAAAUGUGGUACCAUUUACUUCUGUUACACUUUGGUGGUGAGAAACUGACACCAAAUACGGCAACAGACAGUUAAACAGUUUCACUGCCUGGGAUGAAUAUGUCUAUUUGAAAUUGCUGUGGAGGUACAAGACAUGCAGUGUUUCUUAAAGUGUACAAAAUAUGGGUCGUGUGAUAACAUGAAAUGACUCAUGCAGUCCUUUUUGAUAUGAAUGUUUCAGUGUUUUUUUUUAACUGUAAUGCAGUAGUUUAGUAAGGUACACAGAUAAAUCCCUUCAUUGCCGCAUUUCACAUAUACACAUACACACAGUGUACACACACACACACAGUGUUAAUAUCAUGACAACACCAGCAGUUUUCUGACAAAUGCAGUUAAGUAUUGCUCACUGUUGUUGGUUAUUCUGCUUUUUCAGCAGGACCUAGUAGCCUAUAUUGGUACCUUUGGUAACUAUGGUAUUUUAUGAAUUGCAGUAAAGGGACAUUGUACGUUUGGUAAUGACAUAUUUGUUGUAUGAUAGCUGUAUCUAUAAAUAUAUCCAAUGUUAAAUCGCUGAAUUUUAUACAAAACCCCUGAAUAAAACCCGCAGAGGAAAAGCCUUGUA